GGCACGAUUAGGUUUUGUGUUAAUUUCCACGCUACAUGAACAACCCAAACGAAAAGUCAGUUAGACAGUUGGCCACGGACACUUGUCAAACUACACGUUGAACUUCCUCGAAUGAUGUAAGGUUUCGUUUCUCAUUUUUUUUAUAUAAAAGUUCAGCAACAUUGGCGGGUAAGCGCAUUUCAAAUGCUAAACGGAGCUGUCACAACGUAUUCCGACUCGUCCAGCAACAUCAUGCAGCAACAACAGCAGCCGAUCGAUGUAGAAGCGGUAGCAGCGGAGAUCAUUCCCUCUCGUACCAGGUCGCACAGUUUACGAAGGCAGAGUAUCUCCCUAAACGCCGUCAUCAAUCAUCGACGUGCUCUAUUUGGAGCACUGUUGCAAGGCAUGGGUAGCAAUAUGUCUUUAACUUCCUGCGUACCACCUGAUCAAGACCAUCAACAGCAGCAAAUGAACGACGAAACGUCGUUAGCUCAACAUAAGCUACAAUUAGCCCCGGUCAACAGCAACACACCCCUCGAUCAUUCUCGCGAAGACAAGCCGGAGGAGCGUCGACGUCGCCAGCAAGCCGAAUUAAUGUCGAGCCUGAGCACUCUAUAUGCGAAACUGUUGGUGGUGGUAGGCGUGGCAGUGCCCGUCACCGCGAGCGUCAGCCAGCAAGUGCCCGCCGCACUUGAUCGAGGCUUCUAUCUUUACCUGUACUUAGCAAGCGUUGCCUUUGUCGUAACGAUGUACACGACGUUAUUGCGUGACAAAGCUUUGAAAACGAUGAUCGCCAAGCACGUUGCUCAGGAGACCACCACCUACACUUUUGACAGCGCGCCGCAGCAGCAAAAACAGCAGCAACAGCCGCCAACCAUCUGUAAGUGUUCAAAAAUCACGAGAAAGCAUCACAGCCAUACCCAGCAGUACGGAAGCUUUUGUCUUCGCCUCGGUACGGUUGGUUUUGGUGCCGGUAGUCUUGUAUUCACGGGUCUACAAAUCGGCGCCGAGUUGGCCAAUGGUCCGAUCUUACGUGCCGUCAUACCAGCUACAAGACUCUUACUUGUUACGGCGCAGAUGCAUUUUAUCUUCCUGAAUAGUAAGGAUAUGGUCUUGACCAGACACGAAGCUCUCGCUAAAUUGGGUCUUAUGCAUAUGAUUGCUACUAAUGUGUGCGAGUGGUUGCAGGCACUGGUAGAAGAGACGCGCUACGAGAUCGUCCAGCUGGAACACGCUCGUGAUGAGGAAGUGUCGAGCGGUGCUGGAAUGUUACGAAAGUUACUGCGUGACGCCUCGCCAUUUCUCUUUCCCUGCACGAUCGAGUUUAGUCUGAUUUGUGCGGUUAUCCUCUUUGAGAUGUGGAAACGUGUCGACGAACGAUCAACUAACUCCCUCGCCACAACUUGCAGUCGCUCGGUACAUCAACUCAGCAUUGACUGUGCCAGUGCUCAUAGAGGGUUAUUCGGUGGAAUCCUCGUAGUAGCCGCAACCGUGCUGAGCCUCAUAAUGUUCUUCGUGCUGAAAGAAGCCAAACCACAGAUGGCCAUCGAGCAAGUAACAUCCCUCGAAGUUGCCAUCCAAUCCUCAGGUGUGAUAGCAGCGGUAAUUGGUGGUUUAAAAAUACGUGCACUUGACUUUCGCAACGCCAAACCACCACAUCUCGACUCCACUCUCCUUGCCGCUGCACAAGCUGGUGUAUAUUUGCAUUGCCUUUUCGGUGCUGUGGGCAGUAUUCUUACACAAGGACCUUCCUGGAUGAUCUGCCUUGCUGCUGAUUUAAUGGCUAUGUUGCAGAGUACUACGCAAACGCUUUUAAUUAAGAUCGCUUGGCGCCGUCGCUCGCGAACAGACGAAAAACCAGGCAAAGAAUUGAUCACAUUCUUAAUAGUAGUAAACAUAGCAAUGUGGACGGUGAAUACAUUGGAAAAAUCACGAGCAGGUGUACGUCCCGAUCACCUUGAGUUUUUCGGUGUUUGGGCUUGGACGAUCAUUACUCACGUGUCAAUGCCUUUGGCUAUUUUUUAUCGCUUUCACUCGGCUAUUUGUUUAUUUGAAGUAUGGAAGAGUUGUUAUAAAUAUAGACCACCUGUCGCGGCCUAUUGAACGUGUGCAUUGUCAUUUUGCCGGCUGUGUUACGUAUCCUUUUUUUAAUGCUAACGAAUGGAAUUGAUUAACGAGUGUAUUUAAUAAGUUUUAAUCUAAUAAUAGACAAACGAUAAAAUAUUUUUUAUUCAUUUAAGUAAAAAUAGUAAGCUAUGGUUAGGAGUUAUGAUUGCUAAUAAACAACGUAAUAGCAUAAAUUAUUAAUUCGUCAGGCUUCGUUUCCCGAGAAAAAAAAAGUUGAAAGCAAAUAUUUUCUUCGAUAAGUUUUCUCUUCUUGACAAAACGAAACAAGCAAGCAAGCAAGCAAGCAAAAGCCCUUUCAUGAGUUUUCCGGUAAA